AAAAAACGACUGGGAUUGUGUUUUUUCCUCGACAAUAUUUUUUCCUGGAACCCAUGGAGUACUUCUUUUUAAAAGGAUUCUUGGUGGUUUUGUUCAUAAAACACUGCACAACAUCUGACGGCGUUCCUACCUCAACCCAGUCUUCCAGGGUCACGCUUGAAGAUACACACACCUCACCCCGUGAACCAGGGUGGAGUCCAGCUGAGGUUAUGUCAGUUGUCGCCCCACCAAGCCUGGAAGAAGUGCAACAAGCAGUGCAGGAGGCCUCUGAGAAGGUUGAGGGUGGUGCAGCUGAGGAGUUCCUGAAGGAGCUUUUGGAGAGGGUGGUGGAAGCAGCUCUGGGACAAGUGGAAGGGAAAUGGGAUGAGCUGGCAGUGCAAGAAGGAGCAGAGGAGGAUGCGGUGGGCUUUGAAGACGAGACUCAAGUCGAGGUAUCCGAAAGGAUGGUGCUAGGGAUGGAUGCUGGUCAUGAAGAGGAGCAGGAGGCAAAGGAAAGAGAGGGAGAAGCACUUGCUGUUAGUAUGGAAAAGACCACAGUUGGGGUAGACACUGUUGAAGUUGAGGCUGCCAUUGUUGAGUCCGUAGAUGCCAAAGUCAGUCAGAAAGUUGUAGAGGAAACGACCAUAGAGGGGAUGGGCAAAGAUGUAGCAUUAGACGAUGAAAAGGUAGAGGACAGCAACAUGCAGGUUGUAAUGUUAAAUGGUAGAGUCCAAACAGCAACAACUCCAAUUGUUCAAGCGCUAGAUGUUGGUGGGGAGCCAGUGCGGGAGACUGGUGCAGACUCUGAGCUCAAUCUUGUGGCGGAAGAAAUCGGCAGAGUAGGGGAGAUAGAGGAAGAUGCUGCGGCAGGUGACGUGGACGGUGGAGUGAUCGCACUGCCAUCUGAUAAUCCUGACAUCGAGGUGGUGGAAGAGCUCGCAGUUAGCGAAGAGAACUACAUAGUCAAGGACCCUCAAAGCCAAGAUGAUGUGGAGGAAAGUUAUGUUGAGGAAGAAGUGGAAUCUAUUGAGCUUGAAGGUGGGGAAGUGGAUUCAAAAGAUCGAGAAAGUUACCGACACAUCAGCGAAGAGUACGAAGUGUUGGUCAACGGUGGGGAUGAGCGACAAGCUGGAGUCGAAGAGGUUACAUCACAGACUUCAAAUGACCUCAAAGAAGGCCCAGAAACAACAGUGAUCUCUGCCCCGGAGCCUGAAAAUGAUGCCGGAGUCAACAUUGGGCAGAAGCCCGACAACCAGGGUGCUGCCGCCCCGAGUGCAGCACUCAGUGAGGUUGCAGAGAAUGUUUUCAAUGAGAUCCUUUGCCCAACUGAUGACCUCGUGGCUGGUGACCCCAACGUGGCCCACCCAACACUUGAGUAUUUCGUGAAGAAUGUCCUGGCAAUUCCCCCUCAGGCAAGAGGAGAGCUGGUUGAAGACACCGCUGAGGAUCCGGAAAUAAAGGUAAUGGUCCUGGAAGCGUGGAAGAUCGGCGCGACAAUUGCUGUGGUGUUCUUGCUUUUGGAGACAGUUGUCAUUAUCAUCUAUAUCUUUAAAGGUCAUAACAAAAACAGCGGCCCGGCUGAACAACGCUCAUGUGAGGAAGGGUGUGUUGAAGCAGAGGUGACCACGGGCGGUGACAACAGUGACGACACACUCCAUGCAGGAAAUGGGGACCUUCAACAGUAUAAUUGGAGCAGCAGAGCAAUACGAUGCAGCGGCGACCCUGGCACAAAACAUCAAAAAGCACAAAGGGAAGCAUGUGAUUAGCAUGUCGAACAUCCCAGACGUCACCGCAGAGGAAUCAGCCAGUGGUGGACGAGGACCGCAUUCCCCACAAGAAGUCAGGACUUCCAUGCUCUAGGGUGGUCCGAUUGUUUUUGUGUUGUUAUUAAAGUGUAAGCCCCUCUUCGCCCUUGUUCCAAUGUAUCCCAAAUACCUCAUGAAGUAUUACAAAUUGUCCAACAGUACUCAAAGCAGAGUACCUGAUUCUGAAAGAUGAUCACGCCAAUUUGUAUGAUGUGUGUUUGAGUGAACGCAUGUGAAUGUUUGUGUCUGUGUGAGUAUUUGUGAAAUUCCCGGGGGGAGUGGGGAGAAUAGUCUGGACCCAUUUUACGUGUGUGAUCAUGUUGAGGAA